GACUCCUUUAAUAGAUCCUGAGUCUCUGGCGCCGCGCGUCGGCGCGCCGCGGAACCGCGUCAGUCUUUGUGCCGCCGCCAUCUUGACCAGGAUCCGGAUAACCAGCAUCUGAACACACCGAUUCCCAGCACACACGCGCGACUACAGAGCGGCGAUGGCCACUGCACCCUACAACUACUCCUACAUCUUCAAGUACAUCAUCAUCGGAGACAUGGGCGUGGGGAAGUCCUGUUUACUUCACCAGUUCACCGAGAAGAAGUUCAUGGCCGACUGUCCGCACACCAUCGGCGUGGAGUUCGGCACCAGGAUCAUCGAGGUGAGCGGUCAGAAGAUCAAGCUGCAGAUCUGGGACACGGCGGGUCAGGAGCGCUUCAGAGCCGUCACGCGCAGCUACUACAGAGGAGCCGCCGGAGCGCUGAUGGUGUACGACAUCACCAGGAGAAGCACCUAUAACCACCUCAGCAGCUGGCUGACCGACGCCAGGAACCUCACCAACCCCAACACUGUCAUCAUUCUCAUAGGAAACAAAGCGGAUCUGGAAGCGCAGAGAGACGUCACGUAUGAAGAAGCCAAGCAGUUCGCCGAAGAGAACGGUCUGCUGUUCCUGGAGGCCAGCGCUAAAACAGGAGAGAACGUGGAAGACGCGUUUCUGGAAGCAGCUAAGAAGAUCUAUCAGAACAUCCAAGAUGGCAGUCUGGACCUGAACGCGGCCGAGUCGGGCGUACAGCACAAACCCUCGGCGCCGCAGGGCGGGCGGCUCACCAGCGAACCACAGCCGCAGAGAGAAGGGUGUGGCUGUUAAUGACCUUCAUCCUCCUCCUCCUCCUCCUCAUCACACACUCGGCCGUCCCAGAGAGGGGAGGAUCACAGCUACAUGCGCUCAUUCCCUUCUCUCUCGUCAUCUGUCCGUCCUCACUCUCUCUGGUCGGUGUGUUCUUACGUUCCCUUCAUCCUCUGACCGCACUAACCAUUUCCCAUCACGUCACACUUCAGUUCAGCUUCUUUUUAUUGACGCAUUUUACAGCUCGACAGACCCUGGUUGCAUCAGGAUUAUAUUGAAUGCGUUUCUGCUGCCGUUUUUUCCACCCGUUUGAGAACCAAAGUUCAAGUUUGUGAAGCGUUCAAGGCAGGAGGACCGCUCUGUUCCGGUCAGACGCCUCCUGCUGCUGAGGGGCGCGAGGUGGAGGUGCUCGGAAUAAUGCAUUGCAUUCAUGCAUCUGUAAACGUACAGCGGUUGCACUGAUCCCAGAUUUAAAACCGAAUGAAAGUCUCUUGUUGCGAGCUCGCAAUCACGUGCAUGUCGACAUGCGAGGGUCCGCUUGGUUCAGACAGCUUUAUGAAUCAAAGACACUUUAUGGAAAGACUGAUUCUUGCCCCUUCGUCAUAUCAGUAUCCAUUCAUCUGUCCUCUCCACCGCUUUUUUGUGUUGCCUUAUUGUUACUCAUUCAUCUUAAUAUUAUUACCAUCACUCUUUAAUCUCGACUAGCUCAACAUGCAGUUCGAACUUGAGUUCAACAAACGGUUUUACAACACCGCUACUGUUUUGAUCUGUGAAACGGCUCCAGACGUGUAGGCUGUACAGUAAUCAUCAGAGCAUCGGCUUGUAUAUUAACAGCAUCACGCACAGCUUCUUCUGAAGCAGCAUCUGUGUCUUAACUCAGUGUACGUACCAUAUGAAAUGGGAUCCGAUUCAGCUGCUGUACAUAAGGCUGUAUCUGUUGGUGAUGAAACACAGCCCUGACGCCUCGCUCAUAAACUCUCCGCCCGAAGAGACGCCAGGCAGAUUCUACAGAAAGUCUUAAAGAUGGAGCUCAGAUCUCGACUGAUCUAGUCCUUCUGAACUGUUUGAACGACCUCUUCUCGCGAGUAAAAAGCAGUACAUAUGUAUAAACUUUGAAGGAGCUGUGCUAACGUUUGAAAAAUCUGUUUAUGCGUGUAUGUGAUUUUAAAAUGUUGACAUUUUGAUUUUAAUGAUGACAAUAAAAAUGCUCUAUCACAGGAAA